UAGCUGCUGCUCGUGGAGGGAGGGGCGACAGUGGCUCUGGACUCUCGUCUCUUGUCUCUCUUCUCUCGGUUUCUUGCUCGCAGCUCUGCGAGAGCCUCAGCAAAAAGGAAGAUUGCAGGCUGGAGUUCUUGGAGCUGGCUGCGACUGUGAGUGUGCGACAACGAUGGAGGUGGAGGGUGAAGCCGAACGCUAGAGGCAGAGGCUCGAAGGUUGGAGCACUGGAGGGGAGCCAAAGGCUCAGGCUUUUUGGAGUUUGAAGGUGGAGGCAGGAGGCAACUAAAAUCUAGGGUUUUUUUUUUUGAAGUUUGAAUGUGGAAGAUGGAAGAAGAAGAAGCCUUUUCUCAAGGACCUUGAGGGUAGGGUUUGUUCUGGUGGAUAUAAGGACCAUAGCAGAGUUGAACGCACUUUGAUUGGCUUGAUAAGGCAGUAGUAUGGAGAAGAUUUCUGCAGCUUGUGCCAUGGAAUGGAGCAUUGAACUUGAGAAGGGUCUCCGAUCAAAAAAGCCUGGUCGACCGAUGGAAACAAUACUACAAUUUGGCCUGCAACUUGAGCAGUGGAAUAGAGAGCCUGGACCCACAAUGACGGAAUAUAACAUGUUUGGCUUAGUUCCUGGAGAAGAUAGACUUUUUGCAAACGCAAUCCUCCUUAGGCUUGCAGAUGCUUUUAGGUCAGGUGACAAGCAGACAAGACGUUGUGUUGUGAAGGUUUUCUUAUUGGAGCUGAGGCGCCAUGGCAAGAGAAGUGGACGGGACAACGGGAUUUUGUCCAAGCACAGGGUAGACAACCAAAAAGAACUGCUUAGAAGAAUAAGAAUAGUUUUUGAAACAGGAGAUAUUGAAUCAAGAGCACUAGCACUGAUUCUCUUCGGAUGUUGGGCUGAUUUUGCGACAGACAGUGCUGAAAUACGAUUCCUAAUACUUUCGGGUUUGGUUUCAUGUCAUGAUUUUGAGGUUAAAGCAUCUUUAUUUGCUGCGGGUCGCUUUUGUGAAUUUUCAGUUGACUUUGCAUCUGUUGUCUUAAAGAUAUUAGUUCAGAUGGUGACUUCAUCAAAGACAGUGUCUGCUGUAAGGUUGGCUGGAGCAUGGGCUUUUGCAAAUUUGGGUUGUUCAUCUCCUCUUGUAAAUAAAGUUUACAAGACUUGUUUAAAGUUGGUGAUAGAAUCUUCAGAAGAGGAUUUCAUGGUUGCUAUGUUGAUUUCUCUCUCAAAAGUUGCUUUGAAAUCGUCGCUUCUGAUUCCUGAACAGAUAGACUUGCUUGUCUCAUUUCUCACUCGAGAAGUGACUUCUCGUUUGAAAGCAAUAGCAUUAAAAUGUCUACAUUUUCUUUACAUAAGAGGUGCAUUUUCUCUUCCAGUCAGUGAACAUUCACUUAAAGCACUGUUCGGCAUGCUAAAUAAACCAGAAUUUUCAUCAACCUUGCAAUGUGAAGCUCUACGAAUCUUGCACAAGAUUCUAGCUAGCUUACCUGCUCUGCCUCACAUGGAUGUUCUUGAAUUUCCAAAGUUGCUUGCAAUUGUAGAGCAUGCAAAUUGCGAUUCGGUCAUGUCAUUAAGACUCUUAGCACUCAGGGUUCUCAUAGAUUUUUCAGGCAAAUUUAGGGAAAGAACAGAAAUGGAAUCAAGUGGAAUUUGUGCCAGUUCUCUGCCAUCCCAAAUCAUAUCACUGAUCUUUGAUCGGAUUACUGUUCUGGUGAAACUUUUAUUUGAUCCUCAUCAGACUGACUCUGAGGUGGAAGGAGAAUGUGAAAGCUUGCUUAGACUGCUGCUUCUCCUUGUUAAGCAACAUCCUGAUUUGGCUGUUUUGGCAAUGGAUAAAAUUAUUGUAUUUGUUGAAUAUCUGGUGAAAAUGCUUGACACAUUCAUGGCCUCAAGGCAAAUGGAUUUAUCGAUUGUCAAAGGGGAGAAGUGGACAUUCAUUUUGUCGAAGCUUAUGUUUUAUGUCUACAAAUUUGUGGUGGCUUUCCUGGAAAAUCUCAGUGAAGCUGGUGCCGUAACUACCCAAGUACUUGACAAAGUGAAGCUUUUGGCUAAAUAUGUACACUGUUGCAAGUUAUUUGAUUGCUAUACUCGCACAAUCUAUUCUCUUUUGCUGCAUUAUCUUGUCAUUUGCAAUGGCAUGAUUAAUGAUAAGGGAGCUUCCUCUCUCGAUAGAGACUUGGACUUAUCUCUUCAUGAUUGCUUGGUUGAGCAAGAAGUCAUUGCCCUUGAAUGCGCAAAAAAACUGUUGGCUGGGCAGGACAAUUGGUCUGCUUACACUGUUGGAAGAUAUUCAGCAUGUCAGGGAGCAUGGUUUACAGCUGCUUGUAUAUUUGGGCAACUGGUGAAAAAUGUUAAAUCUGAUUCUUGUUGUUGCUGGUUGAAAUCUUUGGUGCAGCUUGCUCAUUCUGAAGUGAAAAUCAAACUGUUUUUACUGAACCAGUGCUCCAGUUCUGUUGCUUGGCUGGAAGAAAACAAAAUCUUUAUCAUGCCUUUAGGUGUCAAUUUAGGUGAAAUUGGUCGGGAAACUCCAUGGAGUGCGAACCUACUCAACUGCUCAGGAAAGCUUGUUGAGGUUUGUAAUAGUAUUCGCUCUUCAGUGAAAACAUUAGAAAAUGCAGAACAGGCCUUUUCUUUUCAAAGAUGGCUUUUGGGUCUAAGAGUAAAAGUUCUAGAAACCAUGGUUGACAUACUCAAAUUCUUGGGUGCUCAUCUGUUUAACCUGGAUAGCAUUGGCAAAAAUAGAAAGGUAGACAGAAGUCUUAUGGUUGAGCAUUCAAGACUUCAACAGCCAAUUAGCUCCUUGGUUCAUUUUCUUACUAAAAAAUCCUUCCAGUUGAAGAGGCUAGCACAAGAAUUUGAUCUAAUUGCCAUUUCUUUUGUUGACUUGGACAUGAAAAGUUCAAAAAUCAUAUCUGUCCUUGCACUAAGUUGUUCAAUAUUGGCCUUUAGUACAGGAUUUGCCCUUUUCUUUCCUGAAGGGCUUGCUUAUGACAAUUUAACUACUUGUGAUUCAGAGAAGUUGGAAAAUUAUUCGCAUGCAAUAUUAGUACAAAAUUUAAUUGAGCGGUUGUGGAUUAUAGACCCUAAGACCUGUAUAUAUUUGAGGUUGCUUUUGAAGCCUACAGGACAAUCUGACAACUGUUUCCACUUGCCGUCUGGAUGUCAAAUGUUGAGCAUUGGUUGUGAAACGAGAGAUAUGCUGAGAGCUUGCAGUUACGCUGUUAAGGGGGUUGUUCAUUUGCAAAGUGAGGCAAACAAAGUGAACAAUGAGAAUCUUCCAUCUCAGGUGACCUGUGGUCUGGAAUUUCUGUUGGAUGUAAUAGAAAAAUGGUUGCAUGUUCCCUUCCAGAUUCCAAAGUACUUCUUUCAUGUGAGGCCUAGUGUUGGCUCAGAGCUCUUUGCCGUCAACAAAGAUGACAGAAGUCCAGAUGGAAUAUCUGUGUUUUCGGGCUUCCACCUAUCGCUAGAUAUUUGCCUUCAAUUGAAAAACAUGUCUCCAGAUCUCCUAGUUCAGCAGACCAAAUUGUACUGUAUCCUGUAUUGUAGGUCAUCGUUUCAGAUUUCUGGACCAAGUGCUGAUAAUAAGGGGCAACUGCAGCAGGAUUUUUCAGCUUGGGAAACUGACAAAAUCUUAGAUUUGAAUGAAAUGCUUUUGCAUUAUGUGAUGGAAGGCACUGAAAGAACUUGCAUUAAACGUUGUAGAAAUCAUGGUAGUGAUGGUGGAGAUAUUCAUGCAUUUGCGUGCUUUAAACCAAAUGAAAGAGGCCAAGGGUUCUCAACUUGCUUGCUGGAUGUCUCAGCUUUUCCAGCAGGUUCUUACAGAAUCAAAUGGCAUAGCUGUUGCAUUGACAGGCAGGGUUCUUAUUGGAGUCUUCUCCCUUUGAAUAAUGGACCAGUCUUCACUGUACAAAAAUAUACUGUUUCUUGAUUUUUGCGACAAAUUUGAUAAAGCGUGGUUUCUUAUACUAUAUUAUCUGUUUAUCUACGCGGUGUUGCAUCACCCCAUUCUGUGCUUGCUGUACCAUAUUGGCCCUUUGGAAAGACACAUUGGGGAAAUUAUUCGGAAGAAUCUCCAUUAACUGUUUCUUGUAGUCAAAGUAGUAGACGUGACUCUUUCAUCAAAUGAUGGAAAAUGGAUUCCCUUUACAUUGCA